AUGGCCCCACGACGACGGGCAAAGACACCCUUGUCUGCUCCUGUGGUGUGCGAAGACUUAGCGCAGACACAGCAGAGCGUUGGAUUUCCUGCGACGGUCGUGGCCGAGCUAAGACCGGCGCAGCAACCCACGCCGGAAGGUCCGGCAGUAGGUCUUGUUGGCAACGAAGAGGAGGAAUUGGAUGCACAAGAUUUCGCAUUCGAAGCAGUUCCGAUGACUCCCGUAUUCCCUGAGCAGGUGUAUCCCGACCCGGGUCACGAGGGCGACGAGUGGGUAGACUUGGAGGAGACGACCGGCAAGGUCUACGCUUUCGAUCCGGCACGCCUGGGGCCAGAUUCGUCUAGAACAGAUGACGAUUUCGAUCUAGAGACUCCCCUUUCAGAUGAUUCGACUAUGAGGAGCGAGGAGCCGCCGCCGGCGAACAACGCCCUUCACGUUCAUCAGUCCCGAUACACGGGUGAGGGUGUUCUCGGCGGCGCGCACUCUGCGGCCUUGGACGUUGUGUACGAUGCAAAUAAGAUACGGCAGUCCCUCUUCAGAUGGCUGCACGUACAGCAAGACAUGAUGAACUUUGACGAGUUUACGAAUGAAAUUUCAAAAGCACUGUCAGAAAAAGAGCAGACCGACAUUCGUAAGCUACUCUCCGACGUAAGGAAAAACUACUCCAAGACUGUCCGUACAUCCAGCGAGACGACGGUGAAGCACAUGGAGGCCAGCUACCUCCAGCUUCCUCUCCAGCAGGGUGACCAAGAAAAGAACUCACAGUAUGGGAAGAGAACGGUGACGUGGCUCUGCAUCCCUUACUUCUCCCUGGAAGAGUACUCCGGGGUCCACGCUACGGGUAAUCCAGGAGCCUACCCGCCCCAAACGCUGCUCCAGUCAGCCUUCUCGCGGAACUCUAAGAAGCGAGACAUGCUCCAGGCAACACGGCAAAUCGGAAAUGGAGAGAGUGACUGGUGUUUUCACAUCAGACAGCUGUGGUGCAUCGUGCUCGACAACUCGCUGCUGAUUACCUGCGGCUCCAUGUACGAGGAUGCCCUGCGUGGCUACACUAUCGCGGUGACGUCUGAACCGGCGAGAGGGCUUACGCCAAACACAGAGGGCGGCCGCAUACUGGUCCAAUGCGGCGAGUCGGUAAUAUGGUCUUUCUCAUUGGAAGAAUGCCAGACGUGGUUCGCCUUCAUCGCUCAUUUCUCUGAUUUCUGGCCCAAGGCCGUCCGCUUCCAUUUCAACGGCCGUCUGUUGACAGAGGCUCGAUGGUGGAAGGUGCUCCAGUUUGCCCGGACUUCGAACAGGAACGUCGUGAUCAGUAUGGAAACAUGCGCCCCACCACAACUUCCGCCAAGCGGUAUUCUGAGGCCUAUCACCCAAAGCCUGAGUAACACUAACGGGCAGUCGUCUGGUGCCAAUGUUCAACCUCUCAAACCAUCAUCUGGAAACCGAAUGAGCUUCCCACCCGGACGGCCCAGCAAAGCCAGCGAUGUGUUCCAUGUUUUUAGCUGGGCCGAGGCAACCCGCCCGAGCCCAAUGGAGGGGCCCAACUUUAUCGUUCUUCAGAGGCAACUUUCGGAAGUGGAAGAGUUUCUGACAGCCGAAACAAACGGACCGGACCGGAGAUCCUACCUCGAAGGUGAGACGUCCACGCGGAAUGAAGUACAUUUAUAUCUCGAGCAGCUAGCGACAGACAUGCAUUCUACGCCAACAACAUGGAAGAAGCAGGAAUACGAGGACCGCAUCGAUAUUUUCAAUGCAGCCGAUUCUCUGUUCAGGUUCUUUCUCCCUCCGUUAUUCGACGGUCCAACGACAGACAGGUUCUGGGGUGCAGUGAUGAACUUGGUCAGGAUAUCUCCACCUGAGGCUGCUGACGGUGAAGCUUAUCCGGACAACUUGGACCAGACGAGGCGUGACGCGGUUUACAUAAAUGCCCCUACGGUGAGGAAAUUGCUGCGUCAACUUGCUCUCCCGGUCAUUGCGUUCAAGAGCAUUUUUUCUCAUGCCGGGCCAACGGAUCGGCUGGAGAUCGAUGUGCCGCUGGACCUGAUCCGUGCCUGGCUUCAUCUGGUUAUGGGCCUGAUCUAUGCCAGUCAUGAUUCAAACAUGUGGGAAGACCACCUGGAUGUGGCCGACUCGUUGGUAAAGAGUGGCAUGAAGCACAUUAUGGAACGACUGUCUAAUUUUAACCUCCUGGAACGGUCUUCGGUCCUUCCGCUCGAGGUAGUCUCACUGAUCAGCUACAGCCUAUUGGCCGAUACGCCCGGGAAGUAUGCGGGGAUUACAGAUACAUACUCAGAGUAUCUUAGAGCCUUGGAAAAUGAGAUUGCCAACGGGCAGUCGGACCUCUCGUACCAGCAGCGCAUCAACUUCCUGCGGCAAGAAGUCAAUGUGAUCAGCCGCACGAUAGACGCCCAAAGCAACGUAUUCAACUCCAUCCUAACAUCUCGCCAAGAAACUCUGCCCGCAGCAACGAAGCAGCACCGUCUGUAUCGAGCGCAGUUCAGAGAACAUACCAAUCACCGUGAUGCCACUUUUCUACGGUCUCGGAGAUACGCCGAUGAUGACGACAUGAAUGCACCGUUGGAGCCCGUGGCUGAAGUGUCUGACUUUUACAAGCUUCCAUCAACGGACGCCGCCGGCUUCAGGGAUCUCCUGGCGGCGGAGUGCACACAGCUGUUGGAGCGGCGCAACAGGGACUUCCAAGAGUACGGCGAGCAAGCUGACAUUUUGGAACAGACUAACCUCAACAACGCGGCGGUGACGAAGGGCCGUCAGGAACAGGCCAUUUACGCUUUCACCAUUGUGACCAUCGUCUUCCUGCCUCUGAGCGCCGUUUCGAGCAUCUUUGGAAUGAACUCUAGCGACAUCCGAGACAUGAAGGACGGGCAGUGGCUGUAUUGGGCAACUGCCAUACCCGUAACCAUCCUGACGAUCGUGCUCGGCCUCUGGUGGAUGGGCGAAUUGGGACACAUUUACACCUGGGUAGUUCGAAAGAUACGAGGCGACGAUACGCUCGGUUCAACGUUCCCAUCAUACGAGGGCGUUCCUGGGAAGCCUUACAAUCAUGACGCGGCCGAGAUGCUCCCCACUCGGCAGGCCGUGUACAGGAGGCCGCUGUCAGCCAACCAGAGCUUCGUGAGGCGGUUAGGGAGCCGCCUAGGAGGGUGA